AUGUCUCCAGGAAACUGCGACAAGUCAGAUGACUGUUGCGUCACCUUGAGUAAUGGCGAUAAGAUUCCAGUUGUUAACGCUGCCAUGGGGAGGGCCCCAAAGUUCUUAGUAGAGAACAUGCCCGUCGUGGAAGGUCGUCUCAGGGACCAUAAGAUAUCGCUGAUUCCUCAAGAGAACCUAACUGGCAAGUCGAAUCCAGUGUUUCCGUUGGAUCGAACGGUCCGGUAUUUACCUGAGGCGGAGAUCUUUGUGCAAACGCCUUACUACACAGGGAAGGUGUUGGCAAAGUGCGUCAGCAAUCCACUAUAUGACCUGGUGCUGGGAAAUAUACCGGGAAUACGAGACGCUAAUGACCCGAACCCAGCUUGGGUAAAAGUAGAUGAGUUGGCGGGUCAGAGAUGGAAUGAUGAGGUAGAGGUGAAUCGGCGCACUGGUAAGGAGGCAGAUGCCAGCAAAAAUACCGAUUCCAGUGACAACAAAAGGGACUUGUCACAUCAGGUAGAACCAGCAGAGGUCGCUUCAGCCCGGGAAACAGGCGCCGCACGAAAUGAGGCGAAAAGUGAGACGCCUCUGAGUGUACCUCAAGUGGCGAUAAUUAAUACCACAGCGGAAGAACUCGCAAGAGAACAGAGAACAGACGGAACUCUAACUCUGUGCUUCGACGAUAUUGGAACGAUUACAAGAAGGCACAAGUGCAAGACCAAGUUCCGGUUCUUCAUGAAGAACAAUCUUCUGUACAGGACGGCGGAAUACUCUUCUGGGCGAAAGACAGAACAGCUGGUGCUCCCGAAAAAGUUCAGGGCCGCCGUUGUCGCUCUCGCACAUGACAGCAUCAUGUCAGGACACCAGGGCAUGAAGAAUACGCUCAACCUGGUGGCUGAAGAAUUCUUUUGGCCAAGUAUGCAGAGCGAGAUUAAGAGAUAUGUUCGAUCAUGUGAUAUAUGCCAACGUACAAUACCCAAAGGCAAGGUUGGUAGGGCACCUCUAGGAAGAAUGCCGACUAUCGAGACACCUUUCCAGAGAGUGGCGAUAGACUUAAUUGGCCCCAUCGCUCCGAGGGCAGGCUCAGGUAACAGAUACAUCCUGACAAUGGUAGAUAUGGCGACGCGGUAUCGGGAUGCAUUAGCGAUGAAGAGCAUCGGGGCGCAGGAAGUAGCGGAAGCUCUGAUGGAGAUGUUCACAAGGUAUGGAGUGCCGACAGAAAUUCUUAGCGAUCGGGGAUCGUGCUUUACAUCAGAACUAAUGAAAGAGGUCAGCCGACUUCUAUCAAUGAAACAUCUCAUGACCACUCCCUAUCACCCUAUGGGGAACGGGCUAGUAGAGAGACUCAACGGCACGAUCAAGCAGAUGUUAAAGCGGAUGUGCCAGGAAAGGCCUUGUGACUGGGACAGAUACCUACCAGCCCUCCUGUUCGCGUACAGAGAAGUACCACAGUCGAGUCUCAAGUUCUCACCGUUUGAACUACUCUACGGAAGAAGAGUGAGAGGUCCUUUGGCCAUUCUGAAAGAGCUCUGGUCGAACAAAACCCUCAAAGAAGAAGUGAAGACAUCGUACGGGUACAUGUUAGAGUUGAGAGAGAAGCUAGAAGAGACGUGCAAGCUAGCGCACAGUUGCUUGGAGGAAGCAAGAGCAAAGUACAAGGGGUACUACGAAAGAAAGAGUUCCAACCGGAAGUUGAAGCAAGGUGACUUGGCGUUGAUCCUUCUCCCUACAGAUAAAAACAAGAUGAUAAUGCCGUGGAAAGGACCAUUCCUUGUGUUGACAAGAAGGAAUGAAGUUGACUACGAGUUAGACAUGGGAGGAAGGACGAAAACUUUUCACAUCAACAUGUUAGAGAAGUAUGAAAAGAGGGAAGGAAGUCGACAGGAGCAGGCACUUUGCAAUGCUGCAGCAAGCACUCACGAAAUGAACGACUCCAGACACGACACUGUAGAAGACGGUCAUAUUCCAAUGCUGAGUUUGACAAAGCAACAAGGGUGGCAGGAUGUCGUCAUAAACGGGAAGUUAGAAAGAGACACGUCUUGCGAGGCGCGCGAGUUAAUAAAGGACUUCAGCGAUUGCUUUUCUGAUCUUCCUGGUAGGACAUACCUCUAG